UCAAAAAAAAAAAGGAUCUAAACAAAAGAGAAGAAAAAAGGUUAGGUUUCUACAGAAAAUGGAAAGCAAAAAAUCUUCACAUGCUUAUGGAACAUAUUUUCUUCUGAUAUCAACCAUUUUCUUGCUUUUCCUCUCACAACAAGCAAAUUCGUACCAAAAGCUCAUAUGUCUAGAUCUAAAUAUAUCAUGUGCCGAGUGCAAAAAACAGUGCGACGAGACAAGUUAUGGAGGGAUAUGUUUAAAUGAAGGCCUCAAAAAUGAAACUUGUUGUUGCAAAAAAAGUCCUCCGCCAUCGUAUUAUGAUUCUAGCCCUCCUUCUUCAAUAUAAAUCAUUCAUAUCCUAUGCUUGAAUAUGUGUGGAAAUAUCAUAUUGGAAUAUUUGUUCAACAUAUCAGAUUUUACCUUAAAAAGGGGAAAAAUCAACAAAAUAAAGUUAUUUCCAUCAUAUUUGUUUUAUCUCGUAAUCUUGUAUUUAUAGAAUGAAACAUAUCGUACAUAGAAGCUCCUUUAA